UCAUGCAAGCAUUAGUGCUUCUUCUCACAUUUGGAUUAGUACAUCUAAGUCUUGGCCAGUACAGCCAGAUUCAGUGGUUGUCCCAUCUCCGCAGACGCUGGCGACAUGGUGGCUGGAUGCCAGAUGAUGUGGACUGCCCUCUGGAGUGUGACUGCCCCUCAGCAUAUCCAACAGCUAUGUACUGCCACAACCGCAAUCUACAGCACAUUCCCUAUGUGCCCUCUCAUAUAAAAUAUGUCUACCUGCAGCGUAACCAGAUCUCAGGCAUCCAGGAGGGCGUGUUUGAUAAUGCUACUGACUUGGUUUGGGUUGUCCUGUUUGACAACAAGCUUAACUCUGAAAAAAUUGGGAAGAAUGUUUUCAGCAAACUCAAAAAACUUGACCGGCUCUACUUGAAUCACAAUGAGCUGACUCAUAUACCUGCUAACCUGCCUAAGUCCAUCACAGAUCUUCGACUUGGCCACAACAAAAUCUCCAAGAUCUCUUCAAACUCAUUUGAGGGAAUGGUGGACCUCACUAAUCUCCAACUUCAGGCAAAUGAAAUAGAGACUGUUGGAAGUGCCUUUAAGGGUCUAAAGUCUUUAAGUAGGCUGGAUAUCAGGAAAAACAAGUUAAAGAAAAUCCCAGAUAAUCUCCCUGAAAGGCUGCAACAGCUGUACCUGGAGUUCAACCACAUAGACAACGUGCCCCCAGGCUUUCUCACCAAGACACCAAAGUUACAGUUUGUGCGCUUGGCCCACAAUAAGCUAACGGAUAAAGGACUUCCAGCCAAUGUCUUUAACAUUAGUACACUAAUUGAACUGGAUCUUUCUCAUAAUAAACUGGAGAGGAUCCCCAUUGUCAAUAAGCACCUGGAAAAUUUUUAUCUCCAAGCCAACCAGAUCAAAGAGUUCUCCUUGAGCAGCUUUUGCAGUUCGAUCGACAUGACAAACUUCUCCAUGCUGAGAAUGCUGCGUUUGGAUGCCAAUGAGAUCAGUGCCAAAGACAUUCCUGCUGAAGCAGCGUACUGUUUGCGCCGGGUUGCUGUCAUUGAUGUUUAG